GGAUGAGCAUCACAACCUACACCGCCGCUCGUAUCCUCAAGGGACAGCUGAAGAACCAGACUGGAGAGGAGACAGUGAUGACCAUGGACACUUUCCCCAACGUGGGGUUGGUUAAGACCUACAGUGUGGACUUCCAGAUUCCUGACAGCGCUGCCACAGCGACUGCAUAUCUCUGCGGAGUCAAAACCAACCUCAACACUGUCGGGGUCAGUGCAGCCGCCCGGAACGGCAUCUGCAAGUCCCAGAAGGGGAAUGAGGUGACAUCCAUUUUGAAGUGGGCCAAAGACGCUGGCAAGUCUGUUGGCGUAGUGACAACGACUAGGGUGCAACACGCCACCCCAGCGACCACUUACGCCCACAGUGCCAGCAGGAAGUGGUACAGCGACGCCGACAUGCCUGACAGUGCCAAGAAGGAAGGCUGUACCGACAUCUCUUCGCAGCUGAUCAAAAACGUUGACAUUGACGUGAUCAUCGGGGGAGGCAGGAAGUACAUGACUCCGAGAGGCACCAAGGAUCCAGAGUACCCCACGGACUACUCCUCCCGAGGCAAGAGAAAGGAUGGCCGUGAUCUCAUCAAGGAGUGGCAGACCUUGAAGACGGGAAAGGUGGCUCACUACGUGUGGAACAAAACAGACUUUGACGCCGUUGAUCCAAAGAAAACCGACUACCUCUUGGCUCUGUUUGAACCGGGCGAUCUGCGCUAUGAAGCUGACCGGGAUCCAAGGAUGGACCCGUCCAUCGUGGAGACCACAGAGAAAGCCAUCCGCAUCCUGCAGAAGAACCCGAAAGGCUUCUUCCUGCUGGUGGAGAGUGGCCGCAUCGACCAGGCCCACCAUGACGGGCGAGCGUACAUGGCGCUACACGAGGCUGUUGCUCUGGACUACGCUGUCGCCAAAGGUCUUGAACUCACCAAUGAGGAGGAAACGCUCACCAUCGUGAUGGCCGACCACUCCCACCCCUUCUCCUUCAAUGGAUACCCCUUCAGAGGGCAGAGCAUUCUGGGUAAGUCGCCACUGUGGGCCUCAGACGUCCUUCCUUACACCACGCUGAUGUACGGAAAUGGACCGGGACACAAGCUCACCAAAGGAAAGCGUCCUGACCUCCGCGACGUCGACACCAAAACAAAGGACUAUGUGCAGUUUGCUGCCGUUCCUACAGAGUCAGCCACCCACAGCGGUGAGGACGUGGCAGUGCUCGCCCGUGGGCCCAUGUCUCACCUCUUCCAUGGGGUCCAGGAGCAGAACUUUGUAGCCCAUGCCAUGGGCUAUGCCGCUUGUAUCGGCGCUGACCAGAGACACUGCCAAAAAUCUCCUUUGACAGUUGACAGGAACGCAGCCGCUGAGUGGCGCACCUUCACCACCUUGAUGCCGACCAUCCUCACUGCCCUGCUGUCACUGAAGGUUUUGAUGUAA